AUGAACGGAGACUACACGAAGGUCGAGCUGGACGAUCAGCCCGGCAGCCCUGAAGGCAGCAGGGAGGUGGCCCCAGAGCCCUCCCCAGCUGAGAGCACACCAGGCCAGGAGAACAGGGACCCAGAGGGGAUGAACCAGCACCUCAAGGUGGACUUUGAGCAGGUGAUCGGGGAACCAUCCAGCGCCCACAGCUUCGACAGGGUCUGGGCCUGGAGCAACGUCUCCUUUGAGGUCUGCAAGCUCUGGGGCUACCGGAUCGUCUCGCUGCUCUGCGCUGUCCCUUCUUCCAUCGGCGCUGGCUGCCUCUUCGCUCUUGUCACCUGUCUGCACAUCUGGUGCCUGGUACCCGGUGUACGGAUGUGCCUGCUGAGCCGGCCGACCUGGCAGAGCUGCUGCCGCAGCCUGACGGACGCCAUCGUCGCCCCCAUCUGCACCAGCCUGGGCCGCUGCUUCCGCAGGGUCCACCUGCAGCUGGCCCGACCCUAG